GCAACGGCGGCAUGCAUACAAGGCUAACUGCGAACGGCGAGCUACCUGGUCACCAUGCAUAUGGAGGCUCGCAUUUGGCGGCGUCGUGUGGCCGCUGCACUCGCGCUCGCCGUGCUCCUCGCCGUCGCCGAGGCGCACCCGCGCGGGGUGACGAGCAAGUACCGGCGGAAGCUGGAGGCCUCCGAGGACAUGCCGCUCGACGCGGACGUCUUCGCGGUGCCGCCGGGCCGCAACGCGCCGCAGCAGGUGCACAUCACGCUGGGGGACCAGGCAGGCACUGCCAUGACCGUGUCCUGGGUCACCAUGGAGGACGUCGGGAACAGCACCGUCAUGUACGGCUGUGCCAUGGACAAGCUCGACCUCGCCGCCGUGGGCACCCACACGCGCUACAAGUACUACAACUACACCUCCGGAUUCAUCCACCACUGCACGCUCACCAAUCUCGAGCAUGGGACCAAGUACUACUACGCGAUGGGGUUCGGCGACACGGUGCGGACGUUCUGCUUCACGACGCCUCCCAAGCCUGCGCCUGAUGUGCCGCUCCGUCUGGGCCUCAUCGGCGACCUGGGACAGACGGCGGACUCCAACAGCACGCUGACACACUACGAGCAGCACCCCGGCGACGCCGUGCUCUUCGUUGGCGACCUGUCCUACGCCGACAAGCACCCCUUCCACGACAACAAUCGGUGGGACACGUGGGGCCGCUUCUCCGAGCGCAUCAUCGCCUACCAGCCAUGGAUCUGGACCACCGGCAACCACGAGAUCGACUACGCGCCGGAGCUCGGUGAGCUGAUGCCGUUCAAGCCGUUCACCCACCGUUACCCGACGCCGUACCGGUCGAGCGAGUCGUCGGAGCCGUACUGGUACUCGGUGAAGCUGGCAUCGGCACACAUCAUCGUGCUGUCCUCCUACUCCGGGUUCGGCAAGUACACGCCACAGUUCAAGUGGCUCGAGGCGGAGCUGAAGCGCGUCAACCGCAGCGAGACGCCGUGGCUCUUCAUCGCCUCCCACGCGCCGUGGUACAACAGCAACAACUUCCACUACAUGGAGGGUGAGCCCAUGCGCGUGCAGUUCGAGAAGAUGGCCAUCGACGCCCGCGUCGACAUCGUCUUCGCCGGCCACGUCCACGCCUACGAGCGCAGCCACCGCUUCUCCAACAUCAGGUACAACAUCACCGACGGCAAGUGCACGCCCGUCGCCGACCGCCGCGCGCCAGUCUACAUCACCAUCGGCGACGGCGGCAACAUCGAGGGCCUCGCCGACGAGCUGACGUGGCCGCAGCCGGCCUACUCGGCGUUCCGGGAGUCCAGCUUUGGCCACGCCGUGCUCGACAUCAAGAACCGCACCCACGCCUACUACGCCUGGUACCGCAACCACGACGGCAACAAGGUCGCCGCCGACACCAUGUGGUUCACCAAUCGCUACCACAUGCCCAACCACGACGAGUCUCUCUCCGCCGCAACCGCCAGCGCCAAGGCCGCCAAUGCAUGAUCAGAUCCAUCGUGUCCUCCUGCUAGGUUCCGCCCGAGUCAUGCAGGAUUGUGCUUGCUAAUAAGGCCACUAUAUAUUGUUGCCAUGGACAUGGAUGUAUUUAACUCUAUGCGUGUGGCACAUAUCAUGCAUAUACGAGCUGGCUAGUUCGGUAUAAUAUGAUACUGAUACAGAUAAAUUAAAAAUAAACAGUUAAUGAGUGAACGAGGAGAGAAGCGAACGAGAGAGAGGAAGAGCUCGAGAGAAUGCGAGAGCCAACUCAAUUGUAUUUGUAUUGCUCAUAUGAAUUUAUACAAGUACAGUUCGUGUGAA